AUGUUCGGGACAACUGUGGAGUUUCAAGGCGAACCGCAGGUCUCAUGGCGCUCCCGUUUGAUUCUCCGACCAGACGACAUCUGGCUUGCGAUCCUGAUCCAGCUGAAGAUCUACAUCCACGAGCACGCAUCGGAACUCCGGGGUCGGUUCUUUCCACAAAUAAAAGCCGACGACGAGCAGCUCGAUCUCGAACUUCGGCGACGUCGCACUCGACAUCGCGCGCCUGACGGAAAAGGUGCUGGUCGACCCGGGGGGUUCCGGGAGCGGAUCACGCCGCGUGUACGCGAUGGCGAUGAUGGGCGCGUUCGAGGAGUAUAUCCGGUUCGUGCCGUACGGGAAGUGCUGGCUGCCGUCGGUCACACUGCUGAGCGAGAAGAGCAACUGGGAGAGCCUGGAGCGGCGGCUCGAGACGAUCCCGCACCUAAGGGAGCAGCCCAGGACGUGGUAUGGGCUGCUGAAGCCAAUCUGCGCGCGUCGAUCCUCAGCGCGUACAACGACUACGACACGCGCACGUACGAGACCAAGUCGUACUACGACGGCUGGAUCACGGCGUUUUGCUUCUGGGGCGAGGAUGCGAGGUGCCAGUAUAAAAUCCCGGAAUACGGGGAGGGCAAGAACCAGGUGUUGUGCAUGGUCCGAGUGAAGUACGGCCAGAUCGAGUCCAACUGCGUCCCGGACGGCUGGAUGAGCGUCCCCGUGACCCGGCGAUUCAGAGAAAGAAUGGUCGAUGACGCUGGUGGCAGGCUCCGUCGCGAUGGAGUUCUCCAACAGUGGGACCCCGACGGCUUCGGGCGCCCUGGGGCUGGAUACUGUUCAGCCUCGUUCGGGUUGGUGGGCGAUCGACGACGAGGUGAUCCAAGAACCUGGAGAGCCCCGCAAGCGCGCCUGGGGUGA